CGCGUUUUGUACGUGCGACGAAACACGUGCGGCGUUAUAACUUCCACUUGAUCGAACGAAAUUUCGCGUGGCGAUUUCAAAAUCUCUAGAUUGACGAGAUGAAUUUAGCGUGCUGUGAUUAGCGUUACAGCGACAAUUUCCGGAGGAUAUCCGAUACGUUUUUCAUGAACGUGAUAUGGAAACUAAACGCGUGAAAAGUUACAUCCGGUAUAGAUUUGUGAAUUGUGGUGUUUCUUUUUUUUUUUUAUAUCCGCUGCUGCAGUAUCUUGCGGAUUUUUAUGACGUAGUUCCUGGAGUGGUUUAUGAUUGGUGGUUGAACUUUUAAAUCUGGAUACACAUGUCAUCGGUGAUUGAAUGGAAAGUGACCUCCCUUGUGAUCUUCGUCAUGAAGAAUAAGAAAUCUAUGUGAAAUAAUUCAUUGAAUAACUUUAAGAGAUAUUUGCAACAUGAAUGAGCCUGAUCCUUGUCUGCCUCUUCUUCUGCCGCCGAGGUAUCGACUUCGCGAUCUUAUUUUGGGCGAUUAUGCUUUCAACGAUGAUGGCGAACGAGUUCGCGUGGAGUAUUAUGUGAAUGAAAACACAUUCAAGGAACGGCUUCAGCUGUAUUUCAUCAAGAAUCAACGUUCGAGUUUGAGGAUACGACUUGCUAAUCUCUUCUUCAAAUUGCUAACAUGCUUCUUGUAUAUAUUCAGGGUUAUUACCGACAGCGACCCAACGUUCGCAGCAUGUUACGGUUGCAUACCUGGCAACAAGACCGAGUUCCUCGCCUCGCAAAACUUGACGGAGGAGGAGUUCCAGGACCACCCGACCAUCAAUUGGGACGCAAUUCUCUGGGUCAGAAGACCCCUAGAGCUGUGGAUAGUUCAAGUGAUUUUGGCGAUGGUGUCGUUAACUGAGGCCUUACUACUCGCUUACCUCGGUUACAAGGGAAAUGUCUGGCAGCAGCUUCUAUCCUUUCACUUCAUCCUGGAAUUGGUCAACACAAUCCCAUUCACAAUAACGUUAUUAUACCCACCAAUGAGAAAUUUGUUUAUUCCGGUGUUCCUAAAUUGCUGGUUGGCGAAACACUCCCUGGAGAAUAUGUUCAACGAUCUACACAGGGCGAUGCAAAAGUCCCAAUCGGCGUUGAGUCAGCAGCUGAUGAUCCUUAGUGCUACGUUACUGUGCCUUGUCUUUACUAGCGUAUGCGGGAUUCAGCACUUCCAAAGAGCGGGGCACAGACAUUUGAAUCUAUUUCAAAGCACGUACUACGUAGUAGUGACAUUUUCCACGGUAGGCUACGGAGAUUUCGUGCCGGACAUUUGGCCUUCGCAACUUUACAUGGUCAUUAUGAUCUGCGUAGCGCUCAUAGUGUUACCAACGCAGUUCGAACAGUUAGCUUUUACGUGGAUGGAGCGUCAGAAGCUGGGCGGCUCGUAUUCGUCGCACAGAGCGCAGAGCGAGAAGCACGUGGUAGUUUGCAGUACGACGUUACAGGCCGACACUAUCAUGGACUUUCUAAAUGAGUUUUACGCCCACCCUCUGCUGCAGGAUUAUUACGUGGUGCUACUGUCACCGAUGGAGCUUGAUACCACAAUGCGAAUGAUCCUGCAAGUGCCGAUUUGGGCACAGAGGGUGAUUUACAUACAGGGCUCGUGCUUAAAGGAUGGCGAUCUCGCAAGAGCGAGAAUGAACGAGGCGGAAGCCUGCUUCGUGUUGGCAGCGAGAAAUUAUGCCGACAAGACCGCUGCUGACGAGCACACGAUACUGAGAUCGUGGGCGGUGAAAGAUUUCGCGCCUAGUGUUCCUCAGUAUGUUCAAAUCUUCCGUCCGGAAAACAAGCUCCACGUGAAGUUCGCGGAACACGUGGUAUGUGAGGAUGAAUUUAAAUACGCUCUAUUGGCAAACAAUUGCACAUGUCCCGGUGCAUCGACGUUAGUCACUCUGUUGCUGCACACGUCCAGAGGACAAGAAGGCCAGCAGUCGCAGGAAGAGUGGCAUAGGUUGUACGGUAAAUGUUCCGGCAACGAGAUUUAUCACAUAAUUCUCGGUGACUCCCGCUUUUUCGGGGAAUACGAGGGGAAAUCUUUUACGUACGCGUCCUUCCACAGUCACCGGAAAUAUGGAGUUGCUCUUGUCGCAGUCAGGCCGGCGGAACUUCCGGAGUUUUACGAAGAUACCAUCCUGCUGAAUCCUGGGCCACGACAUAUAAUGAAAAAGACCGAUACUUGUUACUACAUGAGUAUCACGAAGGAAGAGAACUCCGCGUUCGUGGUCGCGAAUAACCAGAGCAGCAUCGCCGGCGAAGGGACGCAGAUAAUCGUCGAGACGAAGGCGGACACGACGUCCGCGAGCAACGGAUCGACGACGAGCACCACGACGACCAGCACUAUGACGGCGACCGUGAAUUCGGGGGCAACGUCGGCGACGACCACCACCACCACCACCACUACCACGACAAUAUCGACCAGCUGCACCGUCGGUGGUGGCGGCGACGGGAAUGGUACAGCAAUCAGCAACGGUGCCGAUGCGCACCGGCGAUUUUCCAACAGUUAUAACGUUGCGCUGAGCGAAACACUACGCAGGCAGGAGACCUGCACGGGGCCCCGUGCGCUCGACCGGCCGAACGGUCCUCAAGGUCACAGGGCCCCGUUGCCACAGGUUAUUUUGCAGGUUCUCCCUAGCACGCCCACACCAAUCCAACACCACAACUUACUCGCAUCCGAUGUCUAUCCGACUUAUCUCGAUCCGGGAGGAUUCGGGGACUCGAGGCAAUGCUUGAAAGAAGGAGGAUCAACACCACAAACGCCAAUCACGGGUAAUCACCUUGAUGUGCCACGAUCUCUUGAUCCGAAUCCUAAUCUACUGAGUCCAGAAAUUCUAACUCAAAGGAGAGGAAGCAGAAGACCGAGUAUUCUGCCAGUACCAGAUAUGCUGACUAGUUCGACGCUGCAUUUGCCUGGUCAGGAAUCCUUGGACCACGACGGUGACGAGUCGGAGGACGAAAUGGAUGACGAUGUUCCCUGGAGAUCGCCAAGCGAGAAAAUCGCAAUUGUCAAGGGAUUCCCGCCGGUUUCACCCUUCAUUGGAGUUUCGCCGACCUUGUGCUAUCUUCUCAAGGAGAAGAAGCCGCUCUGUUGCCUUCAGCUGGCUCAGGUAUGCCAGCAUUGCAGCUAUAGGAACGCCAAAGAAUAUAAUUGGCAAAAUAAAACCAUCAUAUUGGCGGCCGAUUACGCCAGCAAUGGGAUUUAUAACUUUAUAAUACCAUUAAGAGCACAUUUUAGGUCGAAAACAUCAUUGAAUCCGAUCAUCCUUUUGCUGGAGAGGAAACCGGAAAUCGCGUUUCUCGACGCGGUGUCCUACUUUCCGCUGGUCUAUUGGAUGCGCGGCUCCAUCGACUGCUUAGACGACCUUCUUCGGGCUGGUAUCACUUUGGCAGAGAACGUUGUGGUCGUAAACAAGGAGCUCAACAAUUCUGCCGAAGAGGAUACCCUAGCUGAUUGUAACACGAUAGUUGCGGUGCAAACUAUGUUCAAAUUCUUCCCGAGCAUAAAGAGCAUAACGGAACUGUCCCAGUCGAGUAAUAUGCGUUUCAUGCAAUUCCGGGCGCACGACAAGUACGCUUUGCAUCUCAGCAAAAUGGAAAAGGUACUCCUCAGUACUACUACCGAUGACAACUACUCCGAUGAGCCUUCGAUGGGCUCCCCGAGAGAAAAAGAGAGAGGAUCUCACAUAUCGUAUAUGUUUCGACUGCCGUUCGCCGCUGGCAGUGUCUUCAGCGCUUCGAUGUUAGACACUUUGCUCUAUCAAGCAUUCGUCAAGGAUUACGUGAUAACAUUCGUGAGAUUAUUAUUAGGAGUGGACCAAGCGCCAGGGUCUGGGUUUCUGACGUCGAUGCGUAUAACAAAGGACGACAUGUGGAUAAGGACGUAUGGCAGAUUGUAUCAGAAACUCUGCUCGACCACUUGCGAGAUACCAAUUGGAAUAUAUAGGACGCAGGACACUACCGUAUCCGAUUCGUCUCACUAUUCGGUGAGCCUCGGCGACGAGGCGCGCGACAACCACGCGCAGCAGAUCGAACGGGCGGAGAUUGCAAACCUUGUGCGCUCGCGGAUGGAAUCGCUGAAUCUACCGGUCGCCGAUUACGACGAUGUAUCGGAGAAGCGCAGCAGCCUCUCCUACGUGAUCAUCAACCCGAGCUGCGACCUGAAACUCGAGGAGGGCGAUAUCGUCUAUCUGGUGCGACCGAGCCCGUUUUCCGCGCAGAAGACGUUCGAGCGACACAACUCUCGGCGCAAGAGCAACAUCAGCUUCUGUUCGGCGCAGCUGGUGUCACAGAUGAGCGCGGCUGUCGCGGCCGCGGGUCUGCAGACAGGCGGUCCGGGAAGCCGUCGUGGAUCCAGCAUAGGUCUGGCCAGGGCGCCACCCCUCAGCACGACAAAAUCAAACUCGUUGUCUCUACCCGAUAGUCCCACCGUGGCCGGAACUCUGCGCGGUCGCUCAAACUCGUUGAGAGUGGUCGACGACAUCCUGUUGCGACGAAGUAAUUCUCUGAGACAGAGUUUGACGACGGCGGCCAGACGGAAGAGCAGUUUGGAGGAUAUCGGAUUAGGCGCGCUCUCGCACCCCUCCAAUCAUAAUCCGAUCAAGAUCGCCUUGAACGGCUCGAUCGGCCUGGAGGUGACACCGCCGGAAGAAGGUUCGCAGGGUGGCGGCGCCAGCAACACCGGCAUCCUCGACGUGGGUCUACCCUCUAUGCCCGAGCUCAACGCGGCUUUGGGGCCCAGCCUCGGAGCGGGCCUUGGUGGCUCCUUGGGUGGCCUCUACGAUCCACCCUCUCUUCAAUGCCCGAUAGGUUCGCCCUGUCAAUCCCCCCAGAUGCAAGGUGCGCAGGAUCCGCAGCAUAUACAGGGAACAAUAGUAUGAUAUAACCUUAUGUGGGGACGCAGGCUCUCCGGCGUGGCGCGAAACAAAUGGCUGUAGCGUUCCCACAUUCGGCGUUCAAGGCUGGACGUCGAGAACGGCGUCUCUACGGCAAUCGUAGCGAAUCGGUAGAGCAACAUUUUUCUGACUUGAUUAAGCCGGAUGUGAGACGGCCGGAGAGCAAGGUGUUUCGAUGAAACCAAUCACGUCGGGCUGGUGACAGUUCUGAAUGUCAAAGAAUGUUUCACAAUGUCGAGUAAAGUAAAUUGGAGCGAGAUUACCUCGGCAAGGAUUUGGCUCUAGUUUAGAACUGAUUAUAUUCCCACUUUGAUUAAUUUUCAUAUCUUUCUACACAUUACAGUUCUUAUGUAGUGAAAUAUGUAAUAUAAAAUACAAUAGAUAUAUAAAAAAAAAAUUAUUGCUGGUAUCUGCAAAAAUAAUCGAUAAAUCGAUAAAAAAAAUGUUGAUAGGAACUUGGAUUUACUUUUUUUACCUCGGUUUUUUGCCGCCAAGUUAAUAUUACUGAAAUAUUCUCGCCUCAAUUUACGGUAGUAUUGUCUUUUUCGUUUCGAGGAGGCGCGAUUCAUUACAAUUCGUGGAUCUAAGCUCUGAUAUAUCGAAUUAUAACUGUGAUAUGUCAGACUCUGAUUCCCCACGGAACAGUCUUCUACUUGAAAGGUCUUGAUGCUAUCGCAAUCAUGGAUGAAGAGUCGCGUCGAGAAUCAGUUGGAAACUAACACGCGACAAUUUGUUGUUAGUUAAAGAGAGCGAUAUAACGUUAUAUUAUGAGAGCUUCAUUUCAGUGUACUUUAUUUUUGUAACUUGUACCUGUAGCAGGCUGCGUUCUUAAAACGUUUUGCUCUCUAGGUCGCCUCUAGCGUCCUGACGUCCAUGCAUGCGACUUCAUUCAUCAGAAAGUAGAUCGCUCGAGUUAAUAUUAUAGUGCGAAAGGCAUUAAAAAAAAGGUGCAUUACAUGAUAGCUGUACAUAUAUUUUGAAUGA